AAAAAAAAACAAUUAAACACCCACACUUAUUUUCUAUUUGUCUAAACAAAUAAAUUAUUAAUGCAUAACCAAUUAGUAUAUCUCUUAAAAAUUAAUAGUUUCAUCUCUUGAUCAACGCUGAUUUAUGUGUCAAUACACGUUACAUACGUGGGUGAUUUAUGGGUUAUGGCUGUGGAUGACGUAUGGACAUAUUUGGCAACAGCUGAUAUGGGCUAUGUAUAUACAUAUAUACCGUUAAACACCAACAGCUUGAAACGUGGUGAUAUCUAGCAACAGCAAGAAGGCAAAGAAAAAAAUAAUAAUGGGACGAUCAGUUUACGCUGGACAAAGUCUUCUCAAUUAUUUAAUCAGUUUAUCGGAUUCGGAUACUUAUACAGUUGGCCUCAUUCUCGGACAGAGCACGGAUCAACGGGAUUAUGUGAUCCAUUUAGCGAGAACUCCACCACCGGCUCCAAAAGAUGUCAUUGAAGAGACUCUCAUUGGUUCAACAACAAAUAUCCAACAGGAAUCACCGGUGAAAUUGACUAAAUCGGUUAAGGAUGUACCGAGUAGUUGGGUCGCCGAUCAUGCCUUACACGUUACAAGAAUGUUACCAGGAGGCAUGUGGGUCUUGGGAAUAUUCGUAGUUGGACCCAGUGAUUGUUUCAGUGAUAGCAGCGAUACGCAACAACUCAAGUCCAUUAUUUCCUCGCUCCACAAAAAUUUUGAGUCCAGUCCAUAUUUAUAUGGUAAUAAUCCUCGGGAGAGUCUUAUUCUCACAUUCAACAGUUUAACAAAAAAAUUCUCAUGUAAAUCAUUUGAUGUUAAAUUGAAUAAUUCAAUGAAGAAUGCUGACUGGAAAUUUCAAGACAAUAUCACCAAGUGGUAUCAGUUGGAGACUAGAGUGGAUCUUGAUCAAGUAUUUCCUGUUGUUGAUGGAGAGGAAUCGGAAACAUUGAAACAACAACUGCAGAAUAUCCUCAACGACAUGUCUGAUAUAAUAAAUUCCUCACUUGUUAUAAUUGAGGGUGAUAAAAGGCCUUCUGAUCAACUCAUUGAAAUCGUUGGAAAUAAAAAGAAAAAGGAGAGAAAAGAAUUGAAGAGCAAUGAAUCAGAUGAAUCAAUAAGUGAUAAAUCACUUCAAGCUACUAUUUAUGUUCCAUGUCCAAUGAAAUCGGAAAGGGAAUUAAGAGAAGUGAAUUGUGUCGCAUCGAUAAGACUUGUUGGCCAGAUAGGUAGUAGAACUUUUGUGCAUCAAAAAUCAACGAUAAUGGAGGCAACUGGUAUAAUUAAACAGGAUAUCAUGCGGUCGUUGGCCAGCCGAUUGGAGAUGCAUUGGGAUAGUUUGUUGGAAGAAGAAAAUGAAUUACCUGAAGAUAAUUUUACUCUUCAUGAACCUCCUAGGAGAGUACUUGUUGCCUUACCACAGAGUCGCAUAACAUUAUCUGAUUACUUGUUCCCUGGUGAAGGCCCCCAAGAGGCACUUAUAUCCCUUCAAGAGCUCCUGGAUCUUCAGGUCCAGGAGAGCAGUGUCCAGGAGGAAUUAGAAUUGCAAGUUGAUCCCUCAGAAUUUUACUGUCAAAAUGAAAUUAAUACUGAGCCAACUGAACAUGGAAAAUUGGUUAACAACAAUCAAUUUAUGGUAUACGUCUCUGGUCUGGCAGCGGCAAUAUUAUUCCUCAUUGCAGCUGUCAUCAUUCACUAUAUUUAUUAAAUGUCAAUUUGCCACUUUCGAUUGGCAAUUUUACGUUAAUCCCUUUAUGUUUAUCAUUUUUGAUAAUGCCCUCCUAUAUUUCAAGUACCUAUCAAUUUUGCCGGAAUAAGAAAUAAUGACAAAGAAAUUCCAAUUUUUCAACUCGCAUUUAUAUUAUAAUAAUAGUCUUUCUAAUUAUAUUAACAUAGUAUAAUAAUAGUAUAUACAUGUAGAGCCAUCUCCAAACUUAUGUACAAAAGGCGAAUUAAAAUUUUUGAUCAUUUCCAAUUAUUCUGUUCCUGCAAUUAUCAAUACGAUUUUCAUUUGAUGAACGGUAUCCAAAGUAUGUGAUUCACUCGCGAAUAUUUGAUCGAGAAAAAUUUACAAAUUAGAUUUAUACAUUAGUUAUCCCAGAAGAGAAUUGGUAAUUAAAAGUAUUGCAUGGAAACAAGAAAAUAAACAAACGAAUGAACUAAACGAUUUCAUAAUAAUUAUCAGGCAGUGGUUUUUAAUCGUAUUUGUCAGUUUCAUGUUCUCAUAUAUCUCUAUAUAAUUCUUCUCUCACGCACAUAUAUACAUACACAUAUAUGCGACCAUAUAUGCAUACAUAUAAAUAUCUAAAACAUUGAAAUGGUCUUCGCCUGUAUUAUAUUGUUAAAAAAUCUCACUCCUCUACUAGUCUUCAUGGUUAGACCUCUCAGAAAAUAUCUUGGAAGUUUGACGAUGAAUUUACAUUUUCAAGUGAUUAUUUACAUAAAUAUUUUUCUCUUCAUUCAAUAACACUGUACAAUAAACUUUUCCAUACAAUUAUAUUGCAGAAGAAAAACAACAAGUGGGUGGUCUCACUCUGCAAGAUAAUCUCUAUUCCGUUGUUAUCGCAAGUUAUCCACAACUAUUUUUUUUUUUCUCACCAUGGAAUUUCCAGAAUCACACAAGGGAGAGGAGUUCGAGCAAUUAACGCAUGCCAUAUGAAAUCAAUUCAGUUGUGCGCUAUUAUUACAAUAAUGCGUGUACGUGAUUGUAAUCAAGUGAUUUAUACUUGAAUCUCCAUCCACUCACCCGUAAACUACUCACAAAUCGCCUAAAGUGACAUUUCAUAUUUUUUCUCAACCAGGUAUUUUCACCAAACAGUACAAUACCAUAUAAAGAAAAUGAAAAAUAAAAAUAAAAUAUUACUAAA